ACGGGGAUAGUUUUUAAGACAGUUUAUGAAGCACAUAAAGUGUACCAAUAGAACAAACCAUUAAAAUAUCUUAAUAAAAAUGACGUUAAUUGUGAAAUAAAGUGAAAAUAUUCUAAUGGUUUCUGUUAAUCACGAAAUGGAUAAUACAUUUUCAAGUACAGCCGAGAGUGCAGGUGGGGAUGUCUCGGUACAUAACGAAAUUGGAACAACACAAUACAAACUCUCGGACGAUCCUAGGGCCCGGCUGAUGUACUAUAUUUAUACCGUAAGCCGGAUUCUAAACAUUGAAGGUCUUGAUCCAACAUUGGACCGCUUUCGCCGAUUCCAUGAAUUCGAAUCAGUCAAAGACAAAACAGUGGAAACCUUACUGGAUGUUGCAAAUGAAUUUCGUCCAAGGUUACUCGUUGGCAUUUGUAUUUUUGUGAACAAUGAAGUCUGUAGAAAGGCUGGUUAUUCUACACUGACUCUUCCAAAGCUUCCUGAUGUCAGUCAUGAGUUUCAUAUUGAUGACAAUUAUGUACGAUUACCGACGUUCGGAAGGAUACGAGUUACUAAGGUGCUGGUCGUGAAGAAAUCCUGGCUGCGUUACACGUUUGCCGUACCUUUUUCUACUCUGGAAAGGGGGAUGAAAAACUUCUAUCGUGAAGAGGAGGAAGAGGAAGAAGAAAAAAUGCAGAUUGCCUUGGAAAUCAUCCAAGAACAAGAGAAACAGCGUAAAAGUCGAUUUUGCAAUAUUUUAUAAUAUCUGUACAUAGUUUCAUACACCAAUAGCAUAACGCUGCCAAUGACAAAUGAUGUGAUCUUGACUGUUUACUAAAUCAUUAACUGCGAAAGUGUUGUGUGUUUAUGUGUCUGAAGCAGUUCACAUUACUGAGCAAAUGUCUGCACUUUAAACGACAUGCUUAAAUAAUAAGACUAUAAAAUGUUACCUUGUCAAAGACAACAGCCUCGUAUGGAAUCGUAUAAGGGACGGCGUCAAAAUAUGUUAUUGUUAAUUCAUGCACCAAAACACAUUGUUGUUGUUUUUUUCAAAAAACAAAACAUGACUGUGCUGACAAAGGUGCGUCUAUUGUUAUGCCUUAAAAUAUUUUUGACUCUAAAUUGAAUUUGAUACUCAAACUCGAAAAUGUAGGACCCGUAUUUGUAUCGGGAAUUAACCUUAGUUUUCCUAAUACGGGAUAUCAUUGGAUUUUUUUUAGAGAUUUCUUGCCGGACAACGUGUUUCAUUUAAUUAUUUACUUGUAAUUUAAGUUAAUAUUUAAUUAUCUCUAACAUUGUGACACUACAAAAUAGUAUAUAAUUGUUUAAUACUAUCAAACAAACGGGUUUGAUUUAGUAUUAUAAAUCCAAGACGCGUUAGCUAAACGCUUUCAAAAGUGCCGAGACAAACAAUUACAAAUCUUCUUUAAGACUAUAUUUGUGUAUGACAUGCAAAUGAUAACAACGAUUAUAAAAAACAACAACAGCAACUGGAAACUAUUUUUGCAAAAUGUUGAAUAAUAUUAUAUGAACAUUUUCUUAUCACAAAAUCUGUAGAGACACAAGCUUUCCAUUGUAUCGAUGUAUGUAGCUCUAAACAAGUAUACAAGUGUCUUUGUUUGAAUUCAAUGUAGAUUCAACGAUAGGAUAAUCAUUUAAUAGAUAAUUUGAAACACGAUGGGUAUUCAUUGAGUUUCUGAAAUAUCUAUUAGUAUGCGGUUAAAACAGUUAAACUUGUCACAUGAUUCACUGUAUGACAAUCAGAUUUGAUUUAAAGACCUCGUAUUUAUCUUUAUUUAUUACAUUGUUCAUGGAAUAGGUGAUAGUUGUAGUGACCUUUUAAACAUGAUAUAAGAUGGUAGUAGGUUUGGGGUUAGAUGGUGUGUGCCUUUUUAUUUUCUUGUAACAUAAUAUACUAUGUAUGUUUAUAUGAAACGCAGUUGGCACUCCGUAAAGAGUAUAUUUUAAUACGUAUGAUCUCUGUUUGAUGUUUUUCUUAGAGAGCUUUCGAAUAAAUGUUUG